AUGCACAUUUUAUUGGUUAUUUUCUUAUUAAUAAGCAAUGGCGACGGUGCCAGGAUCUUGGGGCUUUUCGGGCAUACUGGUAAAAGCCACUUUAAAUUCUUUGAACCGUUGCUCAAAACGUUAGCAGAACGCGGCCAUGAAGUGACGGUUGCAUCGUAUUUUUCUCUUGAAAACCCGCCAAGUAAUUAUAAAGACGUCAGCUUUAAAGGGGUCGCCGAAGUGGGUUUGGAAACAUUUAACUUGGAAUUGGUAGAAAAUCUAAGUUUCCAUCACAAAAUACCUUUAAUUGGCGAUAUUUUAAAGCAAGUUAACUUAUUAGACUUGUUUGGCGAUUUGGCUGUUAAUCUCUGCGAGAAAAUUAUCAGUUGGCAACCACUCGUAGAGUCGUUAAAAAGAAACUACGACUUGGUGAUUGUGGAAAGUUUCACAAGCGACUGUAUGUUAGGACUGUUGCAUGUGUUUGGAAUUAAAGCGCCAAUUAUUGGUUUGUCUUCGAGCAAUUUACUGUCGUGGACUUUGCCUCGUCUCGGGCUUGUUGAUAACCCAUCAUAUCUACCGGGUGUGAAUACUCCGCUGUCUACGAAGAUGACACUUAUAGAGAGAAUUCAAAAUACGGUUAUGAGCAUUUACACGAAUACAUGGUUUGAGCACUACGUUCAGCAAAGAGAACAAGAAAUUAUAGAGAAGCAUUACAAAAUACGCCUUUGUACGAAUUAUCUAUGGACAUGUCGUUAG